AAGAAACAAAUAUACCCAUAAACAAAUCUUUUAGUUCCCAAAUAUCUGAAAUUACCUCUAUUCCUACAAAACAUAAGAUCGAAAAAAGCAAAGAAGGUAGACCACGAAUGCCUAUCUGGAAUGAUUAUGAUGAAGGUGAAGAAGAUGGGCAUGGGCAUUUUGAAGCAAAAGCUCAUUUAGCACUUCAUUAUAAAGGUUCAGUGCCAGAUAAUAUUAGAAGAAAGUGGUUAAUUGAAGUUGCUAAAAGAGGUAAAAAAGUAAAUGAUAAGGAUAAAGAAAUUUAUAGUGGAAAAAAAGCCAAAACAUCCAUUGCUAAAGAUGAAUAUUCGCAUUUGCAAGACCUAGCAAAAACUAUGUUUGCAAUUAUACCUUCUCAAGCCAGCUGUGAACAAAAUUUCUUUAUUUUGAAGUGGUUUAGUAAAGGACGUCAUACACAGCUUCAAGUUUCAAUAUUAGAAAAUCUAUUGGAUCCAAUAUUUGGAACAAAUAAUAAUUAUCAAGAAGAAAUUACAUUGAUCGAUAAAAAAGAAACAAAUAUGAAAUUUGAGUGUACGUUUUUAGUUCAGGAUGCAUUAGGUGAUAGUGAUUUAUAUGAUUAA